AUGUCCGCCUAUCAAUCUCCCAAGACCGGCAACAAGAGGAAGCGGCCCAGUGUGGACUCUGAGCGCCCCUACCGCCCUACUGGUCCCCAGCUGCGUCUUUCUUCGCCUCGUGGACACAGGAACGUCCAAGCCAUGGCCCAGAAUCAAUCCAUGCCCUUCCUGACUAGAGGCGCUCUGAUCCCAGACAAGUGGGAGGAUGCACGCCAGAAUUUGCCGGGCAAUGACAAUCUCGACGGCACCCUCUCAAUCAUAGGCACACGAUCGCGAGGCCAAGACGGCUGCGUUGACAUUUCACGAAACCCUCGGUCCUCUGAAGACAGACCACCUGAUGCGCUCCAGCCGGACACGCCGUCGAUUAAGCCGUCCCAGAAAGCUGCACCAGGCGUUGCCAGCUCCUCUGGAGUUCUGAAACAGUCACACCAGAUUGCGAGACCCAUCGCCGAGGUUGGGGAUCGACGAACAGUGGAGAGCGAUAUCGAGCCCGCAGAGACGACCGCGGAUGCUGCAUACAACGCCUAUACUUGCCUGGGGAAGGCUCACCCAAAGCUCCCGUACAGCGACGUUAUGGUUUUCCUCUCUGAAUUGCCCUCUGCAGAAGGCGCCCUGGACAUCAAUUCCACGCCGCAAACACAGGUUGGGCGAACCACGCAGAUGGUCUUCGAGCUCCCUAGACGCAAAGGCAAGUCCUUUCCGAUCAAAAGCACUGCCAGGGGGAUCGCCCGUGUGAAAGCCGCGUUGGCUCAGUCCCACGGGAUCGUAUCUGAACGCGAGCGGAAUCGAAGCAAAGCUGGUCAGGAGGCCUCAGGUGCUCAGGAGGACUCAGCUUCUCCCCACCGUGUGGGAGAGGACCGAGCCAAGAGUGUGUCCGCCGAUGGACAGAACUCGCAGGAUCCUAUGCACAAUUUUCAGGAUCUAGCCAUCAAAGUUGGCCUCCGCGCCCGAAAAUUGCCUCCUGAGGAGCAGCAGGCUACGCUCGAGAGGGUUGAGUCUCUUCUUGCGAUCGAUGGCCUCGAGCUUGAUGAAUUGGACAUGGCACGCUGUAUCCUUGAAUCACCUAUUGAACAGAAGAUCGAAGCCGCGCAGAUGAUGCUCCGGAUUUUGCGGCCCAUGUUGAGCCGAAAGCCCACCAGCUAA